UGCGUUCGCGUCAGGAGCAGGAAGUGUGUGCGUGCCUUUGUGCCUGAGAGAGUGAAUUUGUGUUGGGGAGUCGAACUGUAGUAACAGCAGCACCCUUUCUUCAUUUCCCCGUGCUUGCAUUGUUAUUUCACCUCGCCUCUGUUUUGCUCUGUGCAAUGGAUGGGUAUUGGGCAUCUGGAGAGCCUCCUGUUUCCGCCUCCUCGUGUUGCUUUACUACCAUGAGCAGUUCCACUCCAUCCACAGCUAAUGGCACUGACGGUAAAAAGUAUAAAGGAGAACGAUCUCCUUGUGACCCCUCCCGUGUCCUUCACAUCCGUAAAGUUCCCAUCGAAGUGUCCGAGGCAGAGGUCAUCUCACUAGGAGUCCCUUUCGGCAAAGUCACCAACCUGUUGAUGCUUAAAGGGAAAAACCAAGCUUUUAUAGAAAUGGCUUCUGAAGAAGCAGCAAUCACCAUGGUUAACUACUACACCACAGCCACACCCCAUGUCCGCAACCAGCCCGUCUACAUCCAGUACUCCAACCACCGCGAGCUCAAGACCGAUAAUCUGCCCAACCAGGGGAGGGCUCAGGCUGCUCUGCAAGCUGUAAAUGCAGUGCAUUCUGGGAAUAUGACACUCUCUGGGACUGCGACAGCCAGUGAUGGAGGAAUGAUGCCCGGACAGAGUCCUGUGCUUCGUAUCAUCGUAGAGAAUCUCUACUACCCAGUGUCUCUAGAAGUGCUACACCAGAUCUUCUCAAAAUUUGGAACGGUCCUGAAGAUCAUUACCUUCACCAAGAACAACCAGUUCCAGGCCUUGCUACAAUAUGCAGAUCCAAUGAACGCACAUCACGCCAAAGUGGCUUUGGAUGGGCAGAACAUCUACAACGGCUGCUGCACUCUGCGUGUGGAAUUCUCCAAGCUGACCAGUCUGAAUGUGAAGUACAACAACGACAAGAGCAGGGACUUCACUCGUCUAGACCUACCCUCAGGAGACGGGCAGCCCGCGCUCGACCCCACCAUGCAGACCGCGUUCGGGGCUCCAGGGAUAAUUUCCUCUCCGUACCCCGGGGCGGCUGGUUUCGCCCCUGCUAUCGGUUUCCCUCAGGCAGGUCUGUCCAUGCAGACGAUGCCUGGCGCUCUGGGACCUCUCACCAUCCCUUCCUCAGCAAUGACGGGACGGAUGACCAUCCACGGCAUGGCCCCCACCGCCAUCCACUCUGUGCUCCUCGUCUCCAACCUCAACCCCGACAGCAUAUCACCACACGGGCUCUUCAUCUUAUUCGGAGUGUACGGAGAUGUUCACCGAGUCAAGAUCCUGUUCAACAAGAAAGAGAAUGCCUUAAUACAGAUGGCAGACGCCACGCAAGCCCAGCUCGCGAUGAGCCAUUUGAACGGUCAGCGUCUGUAUGGUAAGGUGAUCCGUGUGACCAUCUCGAAGCACCAGACGGUGCAGCUCCCCAGAGAGGGUCAGGAGGACCAGGGCCUGACCAAAGACUUCAGCGGGAGCCCGUUGCACCGCUUCAAAAAGCCCGGCUCCAAGAACUUCCAGAACAUCUUCCCUCCCUCCGCCACCCUGCACCUCUCAAAUAUCCCUCCCUCCACUACGGAUGACUUUCUGAAAGAUCUGUUUGCCAGCUCUGGAUACACAGUCAAGGCCUUCAAGUUUUUCCAGAAGGACCGCAAGAUGGCGCUGAUCCAGCUGGGUUCGGUGGAAGAAGCCAUCCAGGCUCUUAUUGACCUCCACAACCACGACCUGGGAGAAAACCACCAUCUGAGAGUGUCCUUCUCCAAAUCCACCAUCUAGCACCCCUUCACUACAAACACACCCUUUCCCCAUCCUCCCCGAACCAGCCCUUCUACCUUCAGCAGUCUAAAAAAAAAGACUGACUGACAAACUCUUAAAAAAAAAAAAAAAAAAAAAACAUUACAGAUAUUCAUGGGGUAGUUUUAGAGAUUUCCAAAUAAAAAGAAAAAAAAGAAAAAAAAAAAAAAAAGCAAAUAAGAGACUACUGCAGAACCUUUCGGAGAGUCUGAGAGUGAGUUCGUUUUACUCUCACGAAAACCAGGGCUGGAGACGCAUGGGAUAUCCAUGACAAUGUGACGUUUCUGGGAAGUAGGACUCCCUCUUUAGUCGAUUGGUGAGGACUUUGUUGGUGUGAAACGCAAACUAACACGAGGUGAACAUUCUCAAAGGAGUCACUGCUGAGGAAGUCUCUUCACCGCACACUUGCCGAUUACAUUGGAGACUGACACUCCUGUAGCCCAAUGGCCUUGAUACCCCAGACCUAAGUGAGGGCGGAGUCUCCUCUGCGCCGCCCCUUCAUUCUCAUUGGCUGUUUCAACGGAGCGCCCCAUUUCCAGUGGGAAGUGUUGAACGCACGGUCACCGUUUGAAUGUCGCCGACGUCAUCAUCAAGGUGCUGCUGGAAAAAAAAAAAAUCUGUAGCGACGGCCUCGACCGAUGGGCCUGUCCUUUUUCAUCAGAGUAGCAUUAAAACAAGAGUGCUAUGGAUUCAAGAAUGAGUGCGUUUAAAAAUUCGCAGCUGUUUGGGCGUACAAACCUUUUGUUUCUCGGCACUUUGAUCGAUUAGAAUUGAAGACAGGCACCGUUGGGAAUGUUUGGCAUCCUCAUAUCUGUUUACUGUGCAAAGAUGUAUAGCCAGAUGGUAGGCAUCUGUGAAUAGAUAGUGAAUGGCGUGAUUUGUUUUUUUUCUUGUAUUAUGAAAAUUUUAUAUCGGACAGAAACGGCCUCUCGUGGGCUCUCUGCACCCGCAAUGCUGUCAGAGAACAUCUGCGUGCAAUGGCGCAACGUCAUUGUCCAGUCGAUCGGGUUCCUCUGGACCGGGGCGAACAUUUUCAAACAUGCACGAUCAUUCCAGAAAACUCACGGCCAGCUGUCAAUCUUACUGGAACGCUCCAAUCAGCAACGCCCAGCCUGACAGUAGGCUCCGCCUCCUAAGUGAAAUUCUCAAUGUGAAUGGUAUAGCCCGUGAUCUCGAUGGGAAAUUGAUGAUUUCCUCCAUUCUGUUCCCCUUCUUGCUCUCAGUUGAGUCUUUUCCUUUCGUUCUUCUUGUUUUCCCAUCUUUCCACACAGGUGCAGAAGAAUCUGUGCUCUUUGUUCCUUCUCUCCUCGGCUCCGGCCACAGGUGUGAGAGUCUGCAGCCGUGGGCUCUGUAGAAACUGUAGUGAAGCCCAUUGAGUCACAGCAAAAAAAGAGGGCGGCACUCUCUUUUGCCUUGCAGUCCCACACUAAAUGCCUCUGCAUCCAAACCAAAUAUUUAAGGAAAGAGCGAGUCUGAAUGACACGGAGAUGCCACCUAGUUUCCAAAACCUAGUGAGCUGUUGCAAAGGCGGCAUCCUAAUUGCCAUGAAAGCCCAUAAGUGACUAAACUGAUCUGCACAGGAAAAUCUCCUCCGGUAGAGUCCAGACCAGAGGUUUUCUUCAAGAGGUGGAGAUGGUAAACUCUGAGUCUGUGUCAUUGGGGAAAAAACUGUCAACUUAGAUGAAUCUUGUAAGCCAACCACAAAGACCUUGCCAUCAUAGAAGUAUUUGCAACAGUAAAUAACCGAUGACGGAGACUAUUAAAAUCCUGUCGAGGUUUUGGCAGCGAGAUUGAAAUAUGGCUCAAACCAAAACUAGCAUCUCCCCCAUAGAUUCCAUUCAAAUUUAAGGUCUCGAAUGAUUUUAGUUCAGUUAGAUGUUAGCAUGUUGCUAAGCUAGCACGUCUAUAUCGCUAUUAUGAAUUUUACAGUAGCAGCACUGGCUUUAUGUACUAUUAACAGUCUAGAGACGGUGCUGUGUGUAAAUGCAAUAAUACGUAUAAAAUGUUCACUGUGUGCUUUGUUUAUGCACAGGUGUUGCAACAUUAGCUUAGCUACACGCUCAUGUGCUAACUCCCGAAUCAGUUCAUUCAUAUAACUUGGUUCAUUUUGGGAUAUUUCGUCUCAUGUGAAACAUCAACACUACAGUCAAAAGAAUAAAUGCACAUUUGUCUGUAUUCGGGAAAUUGUAGGUUUAUUCAUAAUCGACAUUCGCCUUGAUUCGCCCCAACAUUUUAAAUGAGCUUCCGGGAUUGCCUUAUCCACAAAGGAUGCAUGCAGCGCUGCCUUAGAUUUGGGCCAAAAUUAGAUAUCUUAGAAGGCUGGAACAGCCCUUGUGCCGGGAGCAUGCCUGUGAUGCCUUAAAAUGCGGCCUAAGUAGACAGCUCACUAGCUUUUGGAACAUGGCAAUGGUGUGCAAAUACAGAAGCUGAUUCUAUAUGUAUGCGUUUAGUUAGUACCGGUGUAUAUUACCGGUUUCAUCGAGACUCUCUCUUAUAUAUGAUGAUAUAUAUGAAGCGUACGAGCAAGGUGCCGUCUCAUUUAGUGAAAAUCUGGCCUUAACAUUCCAAGGAGGGUCACCGUAGAGCUGUUGAGUAGCAUCUAAAGGGAGCAGCUUCUGUGCCUGCGCGCUAUAUGCUCUAUUAAUGAAAUAAAUCAAGAAUCUUCAUGAUCACGCAAGGCAAGGGACAGUGACUUUUUUUUGUCUUUGACUGAUUUCACCUGAAGCGAUUCGAAUUUUUCGCUUUCACUUCUCAAAAGAAAUUGAAUUUUGUUGAAGUUUACAGUCUUAAAGCAAAACUAUUCAGGUCUAUAUAUCUUAAGGAUUGUCAAGAUUUUUUGAGAAAAAAAAAAAGUUACUUAUUUUUGGUAAUUUGUUCUUUUUUAUGGAAGAGAAAAAAAAAAAAAUCAAAUUUGAAACCUCAUCGGGUUUUUGUACCACUAUAAUCAUUCAAGAAAUCAUGGUGAAAAAAAAAAAAAUCAUAUUUACUGUGUAUUUACCUAAUUUCUUAUUACGUGCCUUAUUAUGUGUUCAUAAUCAAAUAGGUUUUAGAAAAUUUACCUAAAAUAUCUUAUGUACUAUUUUGUGGGAUUGGUGAGAGGGUUGAUUUAUUUUGAUCUUGAUUUUUAUUUGAUUUUAUUUUUUUGUUGUGUAGCUCUUAUAGAUGUGCAUUUUGUGGGGACUCAGUACCAUGUGGUCUUAAUAUGAUAUGAGAUGUAAGUUAUGAUGUAUGGUGCUGUGAAUGCUCUCAUUAGAAAAAUGAACGGUGAACUCAACGAUGUUCAGAGCAUGCUGUGGGUCUCUAUUCUCCCUCGCUGAUGUGUGUGUGUGUGUGUGUGUGUGUGUGUGUGUGUGUGUGUGUGUGUGCGUGUGUGUACAUAAGUAUGCUAGACCCGCGUACCAUUGUUACAUAAAGCCUUUCUAGGCCAAAAAAUGUUCCUCGAUCUCUGAUCUAAAUAAUUCACGCUCGAAGACAGGUUGCUGUAAGCUUGCUCAUCGUUCUGAUUAAAUAGUAUGAAUUUGAGCUGUUAAGAGCACAUCUGUGAAGUUUUUAGUUCUUUUGUUCUUUUUUUGCUAAACAAAUGCUAAAAUGGGGGGAAAAACAUAUAUUAAAGGAGCCACCUAAGUUGUUCUGGAAUAGUGGUCGACCGAUAUAUCGGCCGAUAUUUGCCUUUUUUUUACGGAUAUUUCAGAAGACUUCUAUUUUGAUGGCAAACGGGACAUUUAUUCUGACAAGCGCACACAGUGCCCGUUCGCCAUCUUUAUUCGGUUUAAAACUGUCUAAUUAUUUUUACUAAUUUCAUUAGUAAAAAAUGUCCGUCUAAUUAAAAGUAUUUAUUUUACAGAUGUAUUUAUUACAAUAAUUUUUUUUUAUGUUUAUACAUUUUCAAAUGAUAAAAAUGAAUUAAAUAUUACGUAAAAUAAACAUACAUUUAAUUUGAGCAACUUUCAUGUAUGCGUUAUCUAAAUAGUGUGGUUUUAUAUCGGCCGCCGUGCUCUCUAAGAUAUCGGCCGUCAAAAAGCGUCUAUAUGGGUCGACCACUAAUCUUAAGACUUGCGGGUGGGCUCUUUUUUUUACUUUGGGCCAGUAAUUAACCACGUAGCAACCACCAGAGCACCCUAGCAACCGCAUAGCAACACGUUAAAAUCACUCCGAACGUCGCAGCAACCAUAUAGCAACAAUCAGGCAACGGGAAGGACCACUCAGAAAUCAAUAUCUGCCAGCGUGGACUACAUCACGGAGCGUGAUCUGCGUGAUAUCAUCUAACGCGAUUACGAAACUCCCGAUACACGCGCUCAGUUUAAAUUAGACCCAGAAGCCCACAGCAUUCGCUCUAAGUGUUCAGGUCUGCCUUCCAUUUUGCUACGGAGUGAUGCCGAUGUCUGAGACCUCCGCCUGUGUGUUUUGGAGUUGUAUCUUAUUUACUGUACCUUAUAAUUGAUUCAUUUUAGGGGUUUUGGCCUGUUUCGUUCUUGCUCUGUCGUGAUGCUUUUUGUUCUUUUUUUUUGGGUGUUUGUUGAUUUUCUUUAUUAAGAGUGUGAAACUGGUUCAAGAUUGUCGUCUGUCACUCUGCCUCUUCACAACAGCAGUUCUGGGUCUGUAACGUCCACAGAUGUGUGCGAACGGGAGCGAGAGCGGUCGCUAGAGGUCAGGUCCCGCCAGAAGCGGAACACACACACGAUCUGCUUCCGGCUGCGAUUGCUUUUUAUUUAUCAACAGGAGAAAAAGCCAGACUCCAUAAACGUGUCACAGAAGUCACAAGAAGUCAUUCGUUUUUUUUUUUUUGUUUCUCGAAGCGUAACAUUUUUCCGACCACGUCUUGACUCAGGCAACAACGUUCCGCCGUGUCCUCGUCGAUAUCCGCGCUCGCUCGGACAGUCACACACGUGUAUGGUUCUUUCCAGGUUUUUUACUGUAAAAGUCACAAAUAAUGCAGGACCAAAGUUUAUGUGCCUUUCAUCUAGCUUAUUUGUAACUUAUUUCCUGGCUGUAUAUCAGAAACCAACAAAACGUCUUGUAUUUUCCACUCUCGAUCAUGUUACGAGUCUGUCCUGUUCGUUCCCCUCAGAAAGGUCAAGCCAUAUCCUUCCCUCCCCGUCAAAAGCGAGACUCAUUUGCGAUUCUGAAUGUGUUCCCGGGCCCUUAUGGAUUCAUUCGUACCGCCUUACGCUUUCAGUAUUUCACGAACUGCUCCGGGUAGACGCCACGAUCUGUACAACGGAUAAGCGGUUACAUUUUUUUUUUUUAUUGACGUCGUCAUCGAUUCCAUUAAAAAGCUUUACUCUAAAACACACGAGACCAUAACGACAAACUAACCACUGAAACCAAAGGAUUUGAUUUUAUCCAAUUGGAAACGACGCGGCACUGAAAUAUUAUUGCGACGCAGUCGACUCUUACCAUCUAAACUUUAAAUUUCAGCCGUAACGCUUUCUGUUUUCUUCUCACGACUAAAUUUAUGCUAAUUGAGCUGUCUAAUUUGCAUUAAAGGGAGGGGCUAGCCAGACUAAAUGAACAAGCUGAGGCGUCGCUCAAGCACAGCGCACAUACAGAAGUGCCUGAGUUGAUCUCAGGAUGCUUUGACACGCAAUGAAAUACCUAAUUUAUAGUUUUUAUGAAUGUUUCACUACCAAACGGAAACGAAUGCUGUACAUACGUGUUCCCUUGUUUUGUUUUGUUUAACCUGGCCAAAAAAAUGGUUUCGGGGAACAAGACACACACACACACACACACACAAUAUGAACUGGUUUUUAUAUUUAUGGAAAUUAACAUACAAACACAAUUUGUCUUCUGUAUUUUGAUAUCAUACCAGUACCAGCUUUCAUUUGUAAAGCCGUUUAUGUGACUUGUGGGAAUUGGGGAGAGACAUGAGCGUAUCCAGUUUAUGAGUUCGAUGUAAUAAAUGCAAAUAGAAGAUAAACUAUUAAAGAAACAUAUUUUCUAAUUUUUGCAGUGCAUGAUUGAGUGGAGAUUUUCUUUUUCUUUUUUGUAGAAAGCAUUUUUUUUUCUGUUUAUGAAUAUCUUAUUAUUAUGCAUACUCAUUAUUAGAGUUAUUAUUCUUAUUACCCACCCUGCUGACGUUUUUCCUAAUCAACUUUAAUUGUAGCAUGCCUUGAAUAAAUGUCAUGACAUCUGUA